AUGGCUUCGUCCAAGCCAUUCCCCACUCCUCUGAUCAUUCCGCCCAGGAGCAACCAACACACCCAUACGUUUAUUCUCCUGCACGGCCGCGGCAGCAACGCUGAACAGUUCGGUUCGGUCUUUCUUGAAUCCACCGACAUUGCGCGGCGUCUUCCAACCGUCAAGUUUAUCUUCCCUACGGCUAAAAAGCGUCGCUCCACGGUGCUUAAACGAAUUCCAAUACGUCAGUGGUUCGAUAACUAUUCUCUCAAGAAUCCCAACACUCGAACUGAGCUACAGGUUGAUGGGUUAGAGGAAACUAACCGCUUCCUGAGAACAUUGGUUGAUGAUGAGGCACGGUUAUUCAAAGAAUCGAACUCCACCACUGAAGAUGUAUACAGUCGUAUUGUGAUCGGUGGCCUGAGUCAAGGUUGUGCGGCAUCCAUCUUUGGUCUCCUGGGAGGCUUUUCCGGACGACUUGGGGGUUUCGUGGGCAUGAGUGGGUGGCUGCCUUUUGAGAGCGAGAUUGUUGAGUCGUGGAACUUGGACGUCGAAGAUGAUGGCCAGGAUGAUAAUGACCCCUUUGCUCAUGAUGAUGAGGAUGACGGCGAAAUUCCUGCUUUUAUCAGGGCCCUGAAUCAUGUUCGGGAUGUCCUCGAUUUACCACCCUUGCAACACGAAGGAGGCACUAGCUUGGAGGAUGUGGUCCAUUUGCAAACCCCGAUAUUCCUAGGUCAUGGAUCUGCAGACCCAAAAGUAUCAGUCAAUCUCGGACACCGAAUGGGAUGUGUCCUGUCUGAUUAUUUUGGGAUGGAUGUGACGUGGAAGUCAUAUGAGGACUUCGGACACUGGUACAAGGUACCAGAUGAGAUUGAUGACGUGGUGAACUUCUUGAAGGAGAAGGUCGAAGUUCCAUCUGUCGAUUAA